CAGGGUAGGGUGUGCUUGCCCGCGUGUACGCAUCCACCCAUCCAUUCUUGUAUUCGACAUUUACUGAGCGCAUCCUCUGUGCCAGAUUGGGGUGCCCUGUUGACAUUAGAUGGUGGCAGCGAACUUUAGUUGACAAUACCUAAGGAAUCACUGACACAGGACUGGUGUGUCCGUGGCUGUCUGUAAGAGAAUUUCAAGAUAUCACAAGUGUAUUGUGACAUGGAAAAGUAAAACUUAAAAUUCAGCAUCUGACCUCAGGAUCCUUAAAGGCCCUAAAGGCUAACUUGUGAACACCUGAACUAGCUGGAAAUACAAGUAAAGGCUGAUCCUGAGAGUUGUCAGACUAGUGUCGGUGGAACCCACAGCUUUCACCAGUUUCCUUGCUGAAGAUAGAUCUGUGAUCAACAAAGAGUGGGACUUAAUGAAUUGUAAUGCGGACUUAUGAGAGCAUUUGGAAAACUCAAAUUAUACCAAAUAACCUGCUCUACAGACUCUCCCUGGCCAGCCAACCCAGCACCCCUUCUUCUUGUCUGAAGGCUGAAUGGCCCAGAUUGAAGGGUUUUCUUUGCAAGAGAUCAGUUGCCCCACCCCUCACUGUCUCUUGAUCUAGUGACAGAAAGAUCUCAGCUGACUCUGGACACCACCUGCUGGGAAGUGAAGACUCACACACCAAAAUAAUUUCAAACUGGCUAAUUUGUAUUGAGAAAAAUCUAAAGAACACAUGUUGAUAUGGAUUCUUGAAGUAUUUUGUGAAGUAGAAAGAGUAUAAUUUUAAGUAUUAAUAAGUUUGAAUUUAUUUUUAUGAGUGUAUCCAAUAAACAUUCUAUUUAAAAUAUCAUGACUAGAGCAACUGGGAUAAACCUGUUUGCCCAGUUGUUGACUUGAAUCAGGAUUCACAGGAGGCCAAUUCUAAAUGCAUUUACAGUAGUAGCGAUCCCUUGGUAUAAUGUAGAAAGAAUCCAUAGACAGCAGGAGACAGGAAAGCUGGAGAGGAUUUAUCAUGUGUGACUUCCAUCCGAUCAACAAUGACUCCCUUCACCAAAGUCUUGAAAAAUGCACAGGUGUGGGGAGUUUCUGCACCAUUGAAAAGCAUUUUAGUAGCUGUUGUCUGUAGACAGGGAACCUGCUUCCUGCUUCCUGGUUGUUCCAGCCCACACGGCUUCCAUUCCAAAGGCCUCCUCAUGGUCCCACAUGACAUCUCCCACUUUAGCAUCAUGUCUAUCUUCCAACCAGCAGGAAAAGGGAAGAGGAAAGACAGCCUCUCUCUUUAAGAGCAUCCAUCACUCUCGCCUACAUCUCAUUGACCAGACUACCUCACUUAACUCCGAGGGAGGCUGGGAAAUGUAGUUUUUCUUCCAUGAAGACAUGCACCCAACUAACAGCCAAAAAGAGGAUAGAACAGAUUGGGGAAACAUGUUCUUGGCCUGGACACAGUUGGACACACCCUACCAAGUAUUCCAGAAGAGACAUUCUUUUUCUAUAGCACAUCAUAUAUUUACAGCUGAGUCCUGCUAAACCAAGCAGAGUGGAGUAGUGAGGAGGAAGAGAGAACCAGGACCAUCUGGCAGACAAAGGAUUAUUCUCUAUUCAUGUCAUUCUUUUAUGUUUUCUUCCGGAAACACGUUGUCUCAUCUUUUACAUUCAGAGCUACAGUCCACCAGGAAUUGAUUUUGGCGUGCAGGAUUUCUCCGUGGACGAUGGCAGCUACAAUUCAGGCCAUGGAGAGGAAGAUCGAAUCGCAGGCUGCCCGCUUGCUCUCCUUAGAAGGUCGAACUGGCAUGGCCGAGAAGAAGCUGGCCGACUGUGAGAAGACGACCUUGGAGUUCGGGAACCAGCUGGAGGGCAAGUGGGCCGUGCUGGGGACCCUGCUGCAGGAGUACGGGCUGCUGCAGAGGCGGCUGGAGAACAUGGAGAACCUGCUGAGGAACAGGAACUUCUGGGUCCUGCGGCUCCCCCCGGGCAGCAAGGGGGAGGCCCCCAAGGUGCCCGUGGCUUUGGAUGACAUGGCUGUCUAUUUCUCUGAGCAGGAGUGGGGCAAGCUGGACGAGUGGCAGAAGGAGCUCUAUAAGCACGUGAUGAGGGGCAACUACGAGACGCUGGUCUCCCUGGACUACGCCGUCUCCAAGCCCGAGGUCCUCUCCCAGACUGAGCAUGGGAAGGAGCCGUGCAGCUGGCGCCGCGCUGGCCCCAAGGUUCCCGAUGUCCCUGUGGACCCAAGUCCAGGCUCGGGGCCCCCAGUUCCUGCCCCUGACCUCUUAAUGCAGAUCAAGCAGGAGGGCGAGCUCCACCUCCAGGAGCAGCAGGCUCUGGGGGUCGAGGCAUGGGCCGCCGGACAGCCAGAUAUCGGGGAGGAGCCAUGGGGCCUGAGCCAGCUGGAUUCAGGAGCAGGAGACGUCUCGACCGAUGCUGCCCCUGGCGUCCACUCCAACUUUUCAACCACUAUCGCACCGACUUCCUGGCAGGCGGAUCUGCCUCCGCAUCACCCCUCCUCUGCCUGCUCGGACGGGACCCUGAAGCUCAACACGGCAGCCUCCACGGAAGCAGAUGUAAAAAUUGUGAUAAAGACGGAAGUCCAGGAAGAGGAGGUGGUGGCCACACCAGUGCACCCUACUGACCUAGAGGCCCACGGCGGCCUGUUUGGACCAGGCCAGGCCACAAGGUUUUUCCCCAGCCCCGUCCAGGAGGGGGCGUGGGAGAGCCAGGGCGGCUCCUUCCCCAGCCAGGACCCUGUGCUGGGGCUGAGAGAGCCCGCCCGGCCUGAGCGGGACAUGGGCGAGCCCAGCCCUGCUGUGGCCCAGGACGAAACCCCUCCAGGGGACUGGCUCUUUGGGGGGGUCCGGUGGGGCUGGAAUUUCAGGUGUAAACCACCUGUGGGCCUCAACCCGAGGACUGGGCCCGAGGGGCUGCCCUACUCCUCUCCCGACAACGGAGAGGCUAUGCUGGACCCGGGCCAGGCCCCGAGACCCUUCAGUGACCCCUGUAAAUACCCUGGCCGGACCAAAGGCUUCGGCCACAAGCCAGGCCUGAAGAAGCACCCCGCAGCGCCCCCAGGGGGGCGGCCCUUCACCUGCGCCACGUGCGGAAAGAGCUUCCAGCUGCAGGUGAGCCUGAGCGCCCACCAGCGCAGCUGUGGGCUGCCUGACGGGGCGCCGGGGGCCUCUGGGGCCGCGCGAGACGGCAGCGCCCUGCGGUGUGGGGAGUGCGGGCGCUGCUUCACGCGGCCGGCCCACCUCAUCCGGCACCGCAUGCUGCACACGGGCGAGCGGCCCUUCCCCUGCACCGAGUGCGAGAAGCGCUUCACCGAGCGCUCCAAGCUCAUCGACCACUACCGAACCCACACGGGCGUGCGGCCCUUCACCUGCACGGUCUGCGGCAAGAGUUUCAUCCGCAAGGACCACCUCCGCAAGCACCAGCGCAACCAUACGGCGGGGGCCAAGGGCCCGGCUCGGGGCCAGCCGCUGCCGCCCCUCCCGACCGUACCCCCAGACCCCUUCAAGAGUCCUGCCACUAAAGGACCUGUGGCCGCCACAGACCUUGUGACCGACUGGACUUGUGGCCUGAGUGUUCUGGGACCCGCCGAUGGUGGGGACCUGUGAGCACCCCCAGGAUGGCAGGGGCUGCCUCAGCCCGUUGACCCCUGCGGGCUUCAAGUGUAAAAAGUCCCGUUUCAGACACCAGGGUGGUGGCAAACUCCUAGAGGCAGGAGUGGAGACUGGGAGCGCCAAAUUCCAAGUUGCUGAACUGAUCACUGGAAGAAGAAAAACUAUCCAACCAUGCAGCUUCCACCUCUAAACCAAGUAGAAUUCUCUGAUUGUGAAACUGAGCACCAUAGAAUUAUAAGUAAUUUAAUUACGAAACUUUUUUUUAAUUCUUUAAGAAGCUGGAAAAUAGUAGUAGCACCAGUUUAAACUUUCUUGCGUACUUUUGGUUUCUGGAGCUUGUGUUGAUGUGGGCUUGUGUCCUUACCAAGCCUGACAGUCUGUGCUGGAAGGUUGCUUGGCUGGGGACACGGUGAGGAGGGACCUGGACCUCCCCUGGCCCCACUGACUCCUAGGCAUGGGAUGGUCUUAGCACAGAGUUCUGGGGAAGUUGAGACCCCCCUCCUGGCUUUGCCCAAGGCCAAGCUGGCCUGGGCCUGGGGCCCCAAGCCCCCUGAGCAGUGAGGCCAGCUGGGCCCUGGAACCAGCGUCGUCCCAGCAGGGAGGAGGACACUCCAGGAGCAGCCAGGGCCGUACCUCGCUUACUCUCCAUCUGAAAAGGGCCCCCCAGCAGUACUGGCCCUACUUGUGUUGCCCUAUUACAGGCUGCCUGCUCCUCCUACUGGAAAGGGAGCGUGGUGAUGUCACCCUCUUCUGUGACUCCCGGGCCUCAUAAAGGUGGGUUGUCUGAAAACAGCGUCAGGGCUGCAGAGGUGACGAGGUGGGGGCAGUGGGCACCGUCACAAUCUAGUUACCAGCAGAGCCAGGAACAAAGCCUGGCCUGCCGACCCCACUUGGGGCUGCUUUCCACUCCAGUGAGAUGCUUCUGUUUCCUCUCUGUGUAGUGUUUUUUCAUUGUCAAAAAUGCUUUCACAUCGCAUCUCAUUUGAUUAUUACUGUGACCUUGUGAAGCACACAGGGCAAGUGUUCUUUCUUCUUAGAGAUGAGGAAAUAAAUUACUCAAAGGGGACACAUCAGCCUCGCACCACGGGUGCUGGUGGGUGCCAGCAGUUAGGAAAAGCCUCAGGUUACAUACAGCUCGUCCUCCCAGAACCUCAGUUUUGGGGAGGAAGGCGUUUCGUUUUUGCCGUCUUAGAAGGUCUGUCCCACAUCUGCAUGAGCAAAAUCGUCAGACCUCUGACUUUAGCCGAGCCCUAGUCUCCCUGGUGUGUGUGCCCUCGGCGAGGUCUGAGGCUGGGUGCGUACGGAUGGUGCCUGCUCCUUCUCCGUCUGACAUCCUAAAGGUGGACUCAGACAUGGGCCCAGGUUUCUUGAGUCCGCCGCAGUGCUGUCCCUGCCACACAGGUAUCCAUUCCCGUUUUGUUGAAGCCGCCACUGGGCCCCUUACCCGAGUGGGUGACUUGUUUCCCCUUGGAGAAGAGACCAGGGCUGUUGUUCAUUCAGCUCCCCCAUGCGUACUUUUAUUAGGCAAUAGACUAGUUAAGAAAAUUGUUUCUAUGUACUGUAUAUUUUGUACCUGUUUACACUUCUAAUUGAUAUAACUGAUAUUUUGAAAAACAAAUGAAGAGGAAACAUCCUGUUAAAAUAAAACCUAACCAGCACCAAGGUGA